AUGCUGGAUCUUCUGCACCGGCUUGCCCGGUUUCUAGACCGGCCCUUGUUCCCCUGGAAGAAGCUCAUCCUAGGCUUCUCCAUCGGCCAAUACGUCUUCGAGUCGUUCCUCUCUCUGCGCCAGUACCAGGUCCUCCGCCGGACUAAGCCGCCCAGUGUCCUCGAGAAGGAAAUAUCGCAGGAAACAUUCGAUAAGAGCCAGGCAUACGGUCGCGCCAAGCAAGAGUUUGAAAUCAUCAACGGGUUAUGGAGCCAGAUUCAGAAUAUUGCCUUUGUCCAGCUCGACGUUCUCCCGAAGCUAUGGUCUUGGACCGGCGACCUGCUGCUUAAGUACGCGCCGGCGCGCUUCUCUGGGGAAAUUUCUCAUUCGAUUGUGUUCGUCUUGGCCUUCGUCUUCAUCCAGCAGAUUCUCUCGCUACCCGGAUCGAUAUACCACACCUUUGUUCUGGAAGAGAAAUUCGGAUUCAACAGGCAGACCCCGAAGCUCUUCGUGACCGACUUGCUCAAGACCAACAUGCUUACCGUCGCCCUGGCCCCGCCUUUCCUUGCUGGUUUCCUCUCCAUCAUUAAGAAGACGGGCAACAAGUUCUUCUUUUGGCUUUGGCUCUUCACCGCUGGUCUCCAGAUGUUCAUGAUGACCAUUUACCCUACCCUCAUUUUGCCGCUGUUCAACAAGCUGUCCCCGCUUGAGGAGGGCAAGCUGAAGACGCAGGUCGAAGACUUGGCCAAGCGCCUCAAGUUCCCUCUGCACGAGCUCUAUGUCAUUGAUGGUAGCAAACGAAGCGCCCACAGCAAUGCCUAUUUCUUUGGUCUCCCCUGGAAGAAGCAUAUCGUCAUCUACGACACCCUCAUCGAGAAGAGUGAAACGGAAGAGGUUGUCGCCGUUCUUGGUCACGAGCUGGGCCACUGGAGUCUCGGUCACACUACCCGGCUCUUUGGCAUCGCUCAGCUUCACUUCAUUUACAUUUACACACUCUUUUCCGUCUUCAUUAACAACCGCUCGCUGUAUGCCGACUUUGGCUUCCUGACGGAACAUCCCAUCAUCAUCGGCUUCAUCCUCUUCUCCGACGCCCUUUCGCCUAUGGAUACGGUGAUCAAGCUGCUCAUGAAUGUCCUGAGCCGCAAGUACGAGUUCCAGGCUGACGCCUUUGCCCGGAACCUCGGCUACUCCACCGACCUGGCCAAGUCCCUCAUCAAGCUGCAGAUACAGAACCUCAGCACCAUGGACGCCGACUGGGCGUAUGCCACCUACCACUUCUCGCACCCGCACCUGUCGGAGCGCCUGAAGGCCCUCGACUGGACCUCGUCGGAAAAAGUGGCAGUCGACGAGCCUUCGGUGGGUAAGACCACUGGCAGAGAUGAGCUGUAA